AUGGCAUUUAUCUGGGGGCUAUCACUUUUAGCCAUCAGUGUAGUUCGCAGGAACUGCGACACGCUGACCAGUAUAAAGUUGCUUAUCGGUGGCUCCCUCUCUGCGAUCCCCUCCUCCUCCUCCUCCUCCUCCUCCUCCUCACCCCACCACCCAACCUUUUGGGCCAGCUCCGCCGCACGCCACCUGCUCGACGAAUUGCCCCAACAAGGAGCCAUCUUUGAUCACUUCUACGAUCCGCCUCAAUGGCUUCUAGAAGCGUCGCCCAACUCCACUCCUCUCCUCCAUUGGCUUCCGCUUUCCGGAAGAAGCUCCCGGAGUACUAAAAAGCCCUUUUUGGACGAACCCAACUCGCCAAACUCGGUUCCGGAGCAAGCCGAAGAUGCCCCAUCGAGUCCCGAUUCUUCUGCUCUUCCUCCUCGGCCUCCCGUGCACCUGUUUGCCGAGAGGUUGUUGGAUGCUCAAAACCGGGUUCUUGGAGCAGGGACUACAAAAGAAGCCCUGCGAGCAGCAAAGGAGAUAGAGCAGCUCUGCUCCGACACCGGCGAUCCUGUAUUCGUUUUGAGUUUUAUCCAACCGUGGGAAGCUAACGACGAUAUUCGCAUGGUUCUCCUAUCUAAUCUCUCACUCCGGGAUAGUUUAUCCUCCGCGAAGGAGCCUGCUCUUCUCCUUUGCUCGCUUAUCCUCCCAAACUUUCUUGCGCACCCAAGGCCAAUUUCGUCGCUUCUUCUUUCUCCCACGCUUGACUUGUGCAAGCGCCACCCUACAGCAGCGGUGGAAGCUCUCCUCUUCCCGACCAUCCUUCGCAAGCAAGGUCUCAGCUUUAUUCUCUGCGACAUCCUUGUGAGGGUUAUAAAGGAGUGCAUGCAUCGAGCACAUGUCGCGGCCUUUUGCCAGCGGCUGCUAUGUGGGGAAGAGAAGGAUAGGAGGAUAGUGUGUAUGCCCCAACACAAGGAUUAUAUAUCAGACGAAUUGGUUUGGGAAGAACCUCUCUUCGUGCUGUUUUAUAAUAUACUUAAUUUGGAUAUUGCGUUGACGCCGGAUUCUGCUGAACGUCUUGUUCUUGUGCUGGAUGAUAUGGCGCCCAAAUUUCAGAAGUCUUCAAAGUUUGGGAAUUUCAUGCUUUCUUUCGUGACAAAGUGCGGCCGCGCUGCGAAGCUUCAUAAGUCUUUGCUGGAGAGAGCGGCGGCGAUGACCGAUACCGUUGUGACUAAGGCCAUACUGUCGAAAUUGCACGGUUGGGGAAGAGUCAAAUUGGAUUUUGCUCUCAUGUUUUCCAAUGGGCGGUUUCACAAAACCAAUGUCGGAGAGAAGGAACGUCACGGAUUUACAAUUGGCCAACUCGGUAAAGCACUCGGAAAAAAGCGCGGAACAUGCGGCGUGAUUGAUGUUCAUAUAUUCCAUGGUAGCAAAUUGGAGCAGUUCCUUAUCAACCGUUCCUGCAUACGUGACAUUAUCGAGAUGCUUUAGCUUGUCCAAUUUAAACACAACAUCUUAUUCCGAAUGCAAUACAAUAAAGAUAAUUAAACACCAACAUUUUUUUUUUUAAUUUUUUCGCUCUGGAAAACAAAAACUCAUCAAUAUCAAUAUUGUGUAAAUUAAGUUAGUUUUAAUAUUAAUAGAAGAAGAAAGAUGAUUAGCUAAUCAGGGUUGCUAACUGAGUAGCUCAUUAUGGUAGGGAAAAAGAGGAGAAAAAAAUGACAAUAGUAAGCUUGCUAUAUGGCUCUUCUUCAUGACUUCAAAGAAAAAAAAAAAUAGUUACUUUAGUUCGU